AACCCAGGUUCAUUUCUGUAACGUCUGGAUGCAGACUUGUAACAUUUAACACCCCUUGGAAGAGCACCGGCUGCAACACAAGGAGUCCUCUUAACAACCCUAUAAGUUUUUGGACACCCAUCACCCACCUACCUUAGCGUCAUGGCAAACCGAGGCCCUGCUUAUGGACUCAGUCGAGAAGUUCAGCAGAAGAUCGACCGACAGUACGAUCCUGAACUGGAACAGAUCCUCAUCCAGUGGAUUGGGGCCCAGUGCGGGCCAGACAUCGGGGAGCCCCAGCCGGGCAAAGAAAACUUCCAGAAAUGGCUGAAAGAUGGCACGGUGCUUUGCCUGCUGAUCAACAGCCUGUAUCCUAAGGGCCAGGGACCUGUGGCCAAGAUCCAGUCUUCUAGCAUGGCCUUCAAACAGAUGGAACAGAUUUCUCAGUUCUUGCGCGCAGCCGAGAAGUACGGCAUCCUGGCGUCGGACAUAUUCCAAACCGUGGAUUUAUGGGAAGGGAAAAACAUGGCCUGUGUGCAGAGGACCCUGAUGAACCUGGGGGGCUUGGCAGUGUCCAAAGACGAUGGCUUCUUCGCUGGAGACCCCAACUGGUUUCCAAAGAAGUCUCAGGAGAAUCGCCGGGCCUUCUCGGACGACAAACUCAAAGAGGGGCAGAACGUCAUUGGGCUGCAAAUGGGGACAAACCGAGGGGCUUCGCAGGCGGGCAUGACGGGCUAUGGGAUGCCGCGUCAGAUCCUCUGAGCCUCCUCCCUCGCCGCCUCCAGUAUCUUCCUUUCCAGAGAACCUCUCCAAAUUUCUCUUCCAAGAAUCAAACACUUUGGGAUUCUCAUUCUUUCGCCAGACUGUUGCUCCUUUCGUCUGUCUUUUUUUAUAUAUAUAUAUAUAAAAAAAAAACCUCUAGGUUUUCUUCAGUCAUAUCUUCCCAUUCAUGCUUUUCAUGCCACAGCUGGAAUUGUAUCUUUUUUCUACCCCCCCAAAACAUCUCAUGACCCUUCGUUUCUCAAAGGGAUCCUAAGUCUCGAUUUUUUCUCCUUCCAUCCCCUCUCAUGACCAAUACUUCUUAAUCGAGCUGAGUCCAAGAACGGGGUGUGCUUCCCCAUCCUGCCUGCCCUGCCCCAAAGUUUCUUGUGGCCCCAAAUAUUUUAAAAGGAGCCUUUAAAAGGAACUACCCUCUGACCUUCAAAGGCUGGUGCCUGCACUUUAAGGUAGCUUUUUUGGACCAAAACAAGGGUUGCAUUUCUCUUCUGGACCAAAAUAACCACUUUUUUUUUUUAAAGGGUGUUUCUAAAGUUACACCAGGUUGUUAUGUUUCAUCCCAGAGCACCGCUAGAUCCUCUAGAUGCUGAGCUGUCAUACUGCAUGUCUUAAUUUUGGGUGAAUUGUUGGCGGUAAUGUACACAGUCACGCCCACUCCACCUUCAAACGAUAGGAAAAUCGGGUGAUUCACCCCUUUCUCCAGAAAGUCACCAUUGGGGAGCUGGGUGCUUCAAGAUCCCGAUCUACCACUUCCUGGGCUCAGCUUUUUUUUUGGGAGGGGAGUGGUGUUAACAGAAGAGGGGACAGAGCUACGCAGCUGAUCCUGGUCUAGCGUGCUUCUGUUUCUCUCCAGGCAAAAUCCUUAAAUCAGGCAUCUGGGGAACCUGCCCUGGGGUACCGAGAUCCAUGGUGCUGCCUGCCCCCCUCCGCCCCCCUCCCCAGCUUGGCCCAGCCCAGCCUCGCCUUCUGGAGCUUUGCUGAGUCUUCAUUGCCUGUUUGGGGCAAAGCCAGGCGUGAUGAAUGACCUGAACUUUGAAAUGGCGUGGAAAGUAUUCUGCCUCAAGGCCAUUGAUAAGAAAUAAAGGUUGCUCAAUCCUUUUGUUUA